CCAUUAUUUCCCCGCAGAUUCUCUCACUUGUUUAUUUGUUUUUGUUAUUUUUCUUGGCUCUUCUUACUCUGCAAGCGCUCAACAACUUGCUGAGAAGCUCAAAGAAGAAAAAAGGGGGGGGGGAAGUCAGAAAUUUCCAUUUCUUUUCCCUGCUUUUUUCUUAUCACCAUCAUGCUUGUUAAAGAUAAAGAGCAGGUCAGCCUAGAAAUGGAGGACCUUAAUGACAAUUAUACCAACAAAAAGUCUUGGUCUUUGCUUUCUUGGGGUGAUUUCUUGUGUGCACAGAUGGAGAAUUGGGCUCAAAAUGACCCUCCUUUGGAAUUUGUCAGUGGCAGCAAUAGACUAGAAAGUAUUUCCGAGGAUUCAGUUGCCAUGGAAAGAAAAAAUGACCUGCUGACAAAUUUUAUCCCCACUCUCCGGUCAGGGGAGUGGUCUGACAUCGGGGGUCGUCCCUAUAUGGAGGAUACUCAUAUAUGCAUUGCAGACUUGGCCAAGAAUUUUGGUUGUGAUUUAGUGAGUGAAGAAGCCAUUUCCUUCUACGGUGUUUUUGACGGGCACGGAGGAAAGGAUGCUUCUCAUUUCGUCCGUGAUCAUUUGCCCAGAGUUAUUGUUGAGGAUGUUGAUUUUCCCCUAGAACUAGAGAAAGCGGUCACCAGGUCAUUCAUGGAGACUGAUGCUGCAUUUGUAAAGUCGUGCUCUCUCGAGUCCUCAUUGGCGUCUGGCACUACUGUUCUCACUGCAAUGAUAUAUGGGAGGUCUUUAAUUGUGGCGAAUGCUGGGGAUUCUAGGGCGGUACUGUCAUGGCGUGGAACAGCUAUAGAGAUGUCGAAGGAUCAUAGACCCUGUUGCGUGAAAGAGAGGAGACGAAUCGAGUCUUUGGGUGGGUUCAUUGACGAUGGUUAUCUGAACGGCUUACUAGGGGUCACUCGUGCAUUAGGUGAUUGGCACCUUGAAGGCAUGAAGGAAACAGGCGAGAGAAUCGGCCCGCUAAGUGCUGAACCAGAACUCAAACUAAUAACACUGACCAAGGAAGACGAGUUUUUGAUCAUCGGUAGCGAUGGAAUAUGGGAUGUUUUUACCAGCCAAAAUGCCAUAGAUUUUACGAGGCGGAGACUCCAGGAGCACAACGAUGUCAAGUUAUGCUGCAAAGAAAUAGUUGAAGAAGCAAUAAAAAGAGGAGCAACAGACAAUCUGACUGUCGUCGUGGUGAGUUUUCACUUGGAGCCACCUCGGCCUUGCAUCAGACAAAGGGGAAGAGUCAGGAGGAGUAUAUCUGCUGAGGGGCUUCAGAGUCUCAAACGCCUCUUAGAAGGAUAAAACUAGCUACUGGCUAAUACUUGGCUGUUCUGGUAGGAUCUUCCUGUGUACACACUAUCACCAAUUGAACAAAAGAAAACUCGAAAGAAUCGAAUUAAGAAGACUCUAGAUUCUAUUUCCUGAUCACUCUUAUCAGCUUCUAAUGAAGCUUAGGAUUAUUUGAGGAACACAAUUGAUUG